GAUAAUAGUAAUUAAGCUACUUCGCAUUACAAAAAUACAUUUUUUGCCAAAUAUAAGCCGAAAGUCAAAGACUAUAAGAAAUACUACCAAUUUCGCUGCACAAUAAAUAGCGUCCGGCAAAACGAAAAUGUGGAAGAAGCUCAUUCUAUUUGCAUAUAUUCUGGCCAACGUCUCGGCUACACAGGUUCAGAAAUGUUCCGACGACAAACCCUUCCCGUUGGCCGUACGCGUGCUGAACUGUGAGAUACCUCCCUGCGAUGUUAUUAAGGGCAGUGUAAUGAUAUUCGAGAUCGAUUUUUACGUCAUGAAAUAUGUGACGAAGUUGACCACUUUGGUGAAGGCUACCACUUUGGGCAUAACAGUACCGUAUGAAUUGCCCGAUGAUGUACGUGAUGUGUGUUCGAAUCUUAUGCACGAAGCCUACUGUCCACUUUACGCUACCGAAGACGUGACGUAUCUCUUCACGUUCCCCAUUGGCAAUUACCCGGAGAUCAGUGUUAAAGUGGAAAUAUAUGUCGUUGAUCAGGAUCAGGAGGUGGCCACAUGUUUCGUUUGUAACAUUAAAGUGAAGAAGGGAUCCACGAGAAAUAGUACGAUAUAUGAAAUUGACUAUUAAGUGCUUGAAUGUGACUAACGGUAUACAUUUUAAAAGAAAUAUAUUUA